CGGAUUCCAGAAGGUGGCUCUAGUCGGGAAAGGAACCAACCCCGGACGGUUCGCCGCCUUUUUCGCUUUACGACCUGGCUUGUCCCCCGCAGCAUGCCGUAGCAGCUGCCCCCUCCCCACUUCCAAGAUGGCGGCGGCCGGUAAUGGCUGCGAGGCUCCCGUGCGGCUGCGGCUCCUUUUCGACUAUCCGCCCCCGGGCAGUCCGGCAUGCGGGCUGUGCUGGCUGCUGCUAGAGCCCAGCCAAGUGCGCCUCAUCACCGACCUGAUCAGCCUCAUCCGGGAUAAGUUCGGCUUCAGCCGCCGCGCCAAACUCAGCCUCUUCCUUGACGGGGCGCUGCUGCCGCCCACCGAGAGCGCUCGCCUGGUGCGGGACAACGAUGCUCUCCGUGUCAAAUUGGAUGAGGUUAUUGGAGAAGACAGUUGUGAUCAACUCACCAAUGGUUUCAGCCAAGUGUCAAAGAAACAAAAACAACAACACUGGCAAAAGUUGGAAGCCAGUGCGUCUGAAAGUGAAGAGGAAGGACAUAGGAAAAGAAAGAAGAGUAAACACAAUUUUGAGCAUUUUUCCAGUCAGGAGGAGGAUGCCAGAACUGUUGUGGAUUCUGUAACACAGAGGAAAAGGAAAAAAGCAGUGAUCAAAAAAGAUUGCAUUGCACACAGCGAGAGCUAUGACGAUACGUCUCAUUUGAAGAAACUCAGGAAAAAAACUGACAGAGAGAAAGAACGGGAGACAGAUGGUGACAAGAAGAAGAAAGCAAGAAAUGUUAAAACAAAGGACACUUCACAAAAGGUCAAAAAGACUUCACUUUUGAGUUGUAGUCAGAGAAGCACAGCAGAAAACACAACAACACAGUCAAGCACAAAGAAAGGUGGAACCUCAAGUGAAUCCUCCACUUCAUCAUCAGACAGUGAUGAUAAUUUGGUAGCUACAAAAGAAAAGCACUUCCACAAAACUAAGGUGGCAUCACAGAAAAUAAACAAAUCACAACUGGCUCCUUCUGUAACAUCUGUUUCUUCUGCUAAACUUGCUGCCAAACAAAAAGACAAGAAUUCUCUUAAGGCAGCAAACAGCAAAAAAGCCAACGUUCAGUACUCCAGUUCGGAUUCACAUUCUACUUCCGGGGAUGAGGAAGAGCAGAAGAGCAGCAACUUGAAAAAUAAACGACCAAAUAAUAACAAAGGAAUUGUGGCAGCACCAGUGACAAGUCCAGCUUCAAAAACCAAACCUAGUACUUCCUCUUCAGACUCUGAUAGUUCAGAAUCUGGGACUGUCACUAUUAAAAAGCCCAAUAUUGUAGCCAGUCAGCCCUUGGGGAGGGAUGGUGGUCAACAACUGCCUGCUGCCACUUGUGGGUCAAGCAUAAGUUUGAGUGACAGUGUAAGGGGGCGUGGAAGAGGAGAAAGCCCCUUUUGGAAAGGUCCCAGGGUUCGUGGCUGUCGUGGUUUGGUCAGGGGUCGGGGAAGAGGGAGAGGUGAAAAUACUAGUUUUUAUUAUAAUUACAAUGAUCAGCAUCACAAAGAGCAACAGUUAAAUGAAGCGGCAACAAACACUUCAAUCAUUAUCCAGAAUCCACUGGAGGCUCCAAAGAAGGACUACAGCAAAUUUCCUCUACUUGCUGCCCCUCCACAAGUAGGAGAGAAAAUUGCCUUUAAGCUUUUGGAACUAACUGAUAAUUACACUCCUGAAGUAUCGGAUUAUAAGGAAGGAAAAAUUAUCAGCUGGAAUCCUGCUAACACAGAACUAGAACUGGAAAUCCUUUCCUUUUCAUCAGUUGCAAAAGAGCCUGGGAAGUUUGAUCUGGUUUACCAGACCGCAGAUGGAGCUGAAACAAUCGAAUAUGCCGUGUCUCAAGAUAAAAAGAUAACUCCAAGUUGGAAUGCACUCAUUGAGCCAAGACUAUUAGUUGAUCCUUCUGAUAAUGAAUCAAGUCCUAAAAAUGGAACCCCUUCAGAUGUGAACAUGCUUGUCCCAGAUGUAAAUAGUUUGUAAAGGCUUUCUUUCUGUUUCUAAAGAGUAUACCUACACUAGUUUUUUUUAAAUAAAGUUUUAUUUAAUGUAACAAGGCCUAAGGAAUAUAAACAAUUUACCAAUUAUCUAAUGUAUUUCAAAAAUUUUCCUCUUAUCAUUAGUUGAUAUUAUAAAAACCUAAGUUGACAUACUUUCUUGACAAUAAAGCUUAGUGGGAAUGA